CCGCAAAAUGAUUCCUCCUCGCCACCGCUCCCCAGGCGACGAAUAUUUCGGCGUGUUAUUCCCUCCCUGACGUCCCCCGACCAUGAGCACAGCGCAAGCGGAUGGCGCCAGCUCCAACGGCACGCACAAAUACCAACGAGUGACCGAACAGCCGGAAAACCCGUUCGCGAAGCUGAUUCCCGACCAAACAUUCGCCAUCAUCCCGGAGGUCACCCUCGAAUCCGGUGCUGUCCUCCGCAAUGUUCCCGUCGCAUAUAAAACUUAUGGCACGCUCUCGCCCACCGGCGACAACGCCAUGGUGAUAUGUCACGCCCUGACGGGUAGCGCUGACGUGGGUGAUUGGUGGGGUCCGAUGCUGGGAGGCCCGGGGAAGGCAUUCGACAUAUCGAGGUUCUUCGUGGUGUGCAUCAACAGCCUGGGCAGCCCGUACGGGAGUGCCAGCCCCGUCACGGCAAAAGAUGGCGAUCCCUCACUGGGCCAGUACGGGCCCGAGUUCCCGUUGACAACGGUGAGGGACGAUGUCAACAUCUUCAAGCUUAUCCUAGACGAUCUGGGCGUGCGCCAGAUUGCGGCCGUCAUUGGAGGUUCCAUGGGAGGCAUGCUGGUCCUGGAAUUCGCCUACUUCGGCAAAGAUUACGUCAAGAGCAUUAUUCCCAUUGCAACGUCGGCGCGAUACAGUGCGUGGGGCAUUAGCUGGGGUGAGGCCCAACGCCAGAGCAUCUACAGCGACCCCAAGUACGAAGACGGGUACUACACCUGCGAAGACCCUCCCUCCACAGGCUUAGGCGCUGCCCGUAUGUCAGCUCUCCUGACCUAUCGCAGCCGCGAUUCGUUCGAGUCGCGCUUCGGUCGCAACACACCUGAUCUGUCUAAGAAACAGAGCAUCAACGCUGUGCCCCGUCCGAGCACCCCUGCGAACGAGCACUGGGCGAUACACAACCACGGCCACAAGAACGCCGGAUCUCCGCGCGUUUCACGGACAAACAGCACUGUCGGUCUGUCUACUUCAGCUAACACAGCCGAUCUUGAGUUCAAAGACGCUUCUAACCCGCCAUCUCCCCCGGUCCAAGCAAAACCGAUCGGCGUGUCACAAUUCCAGAAGUCUCGCACACCCCACUACUUCUCCGCACAAUCAUAUCUUCGAUACCAGGGCGAGAAGUUCAUUAAGAGGUUCGAUGCAAACUGUUACAUUGCCAUUACGCGGAAGCUGGACACCCACGAUGUCUCACGGCACCGCUACCCCGAAGGCUUUGAGACGGAGACACUGGAUCCAGUUUUGGCGUUGCAACAUGCUUUAUCGCUGAUCGAGCAGCCAACUCUCGUUCUCGGCAUACAGUCGGACGGCCUAUUCACCUUCGCGGAGCAACAGGAGCUGGCCGCGCACAUUCCGAACGCGAAACUGAAGACGAUCGAUUCGCCCGAUGGACAUGAUGCCUUCCUACUGGAGUUUGAACAAGUGAACGGCCAUCUAUGUGGCUUCCUCAACGAGGUCCUUCCCGAGAUCAUGACCCGGACCCCGAACGUUGACAGCGCUGGCUUGGCCGAUUCGGGUCUGAAUGCCACCAAGACCAGCACUUUUGGCGAGGCCGAAGUGGAGGACAUCACCGCUUGGUAGGAUUCGAGUUUGGUAUUUGUGAUUUAGCGAGGCGUUUCAAUUGGGAUCGGAUUCCUGUCUUCGGCAUACGCUUGAAAGAAGGCUGGAUGUACACUGUAUGAUAUAUACCCUUGAGCUAGGAAGGGUCGAGGUUCAACUCCUCAAUCGAGUCAAGAGCUACAACGCUCAAAAUGUUAUUUGUUACUCAUGUAC